UAAUAAAUAAUACUAAAAAAAACAAAUUAGACAUUUGAAAACUGGGCUAUUUAAAUUAAUAGAUUUUGUACCUCUUCCAAAGGUUAAGAAAAUCCCUAAUAAUUACUUCAUAAAAACCUUUUCCGUACUUUUCCUCUCCAGGGUGGUCAUUUUACUCAUUUCUGUUCCUCCAUAUCUCUCUCUUCACCUCGGUAAUAACUAAUUUCUCUUCAAUUUUUAAGUUCAUCGAUUGAAUUCAACAUUCAAUUUCAUAUUCUGAUUCAAAAAUUUUUGUUUUCAUUGAUGAAAUGGCAGAGAUUGAUAUAUAGAGUAGCUAGACGAUGACGACUUUUUCAGCAAUACUACUAGAUCGGUUUCUAGAACCAAAACCGACGUCGUCAUAUUCCAACAACACCAAUAAGAAGAUUCCAGAUGUAAUUCCGCCAUAUCCGAAGCUCGAGGCGUCGUACAAUCUCAAAUCUUCUUCUAGAAGACAAGAGAUACCACCACCAUACCCUCAGUUACAUCGCCGGAAUUCAACAUCGUCACCUUCUGAGAGGGUGCAUAUUCACCCGGAGCUCUACACCACACCAGAACCUACACCUCUUCCUGAUUCUCCAACAUCUUCGUUUCCUCCUUCUCCUUACGUUAUCAACCACAAACGUAGGGGCCCACGCCUUCUCAAGAGUUUGUGGGACCAAAAUGUUGCGACGACGGUGGCGGAGAUUGGUGAUGAAAAAUUGAAGGAUGAAGUUUUGGUGAAUGAAAUUGAGGUUGAUGAAAUUGGUAUUGAUGCUAAUGGUGAUUGUUUGGAGAGAGAGAAUGGUGAGAAUGAACAUUUCUUUGAUCCACAGGAAUCUUUGAGUUUCUCAAGUACUGUUGACAUCGAGGAUUACGGCGGUGAGAGGUGGGUGAAAGCUGAUACUCCUGAUACUCCCGUGGGAGAGUUUUAUGAUGCAUGGGAAGAGCUCUCCUCUGAUGGUGGGGUACAAGCACAGCGUUCACUUAAUGAUGUUGAGACCGAGUUACGAGAAAUGAGACUAAGCUUGAUGAUGGAGAUUGAAAAGAGAAAGCAAGCAGAAGAAGCUCUACAGAGUAUGCAACAACAAUGGCAGAUGUUGCGAGAGAAGCUAGGGGCAGUAGGAUUGAGACUUCCAGCAGAUUUUACUAUUUUACCAGAGGAUAGCCAAUCAGGCUCUGAUCCUUCGGAGGACAUUUGUCGACAAAUUGAACUGACGCGUUUUGUGUCAGAAUCAAUUGGGAGAGGGAUUGCGAAAGCUGAAGCUGAGGCAGAGAUGGAAGCUCAGCUAGAAGCGAAGAACUUUGAAACUGCUCGCUUAUGUGACAGAUUGCAUUAUUAUGAGACUGUGAAUCAAGAAAUGUCUUAUCGGAACCAAGAAACCAUUGAGCUUACACGCCGUGAGAGACAGAAGAAGAUGAGAAGACAGAAUUGGGUUUGGGGAACAAUUGGCUCAGCAGCCAUUGUGCUUGGCACAACCUUGUUAUGGUCUUACCUUCCCAAUAAUGAAGGAUCAUCUUUGAAAAAUGAUUUUAAUGCUUCCUAACCUGUUAGUCAUAAGAAUUGAUGAAGCUUGUUAUCAAACCUAGAGCUAAUGAAUAACAGUUCGUUACAGUUUUGCAAUUUGUAAAACUGCCUUUUUUUUUUUUUUUUUCCCGAAAUUCAUAAUUUUGUGCUACGCACAGUGUAUAGUUCUGUGAAAAUAAUGUAUCCUUGAAGUUCAGCCUGUUUUGGGCUCCCUUUGUGCCAGCGAUUAGAGGUAUUCCCGCA